AUGUCAGCCAAUAUUGCCCAUGCGGUUCAUAUACCGUCUCCAUUUGAUCAUCAGCAGCGUAUUCGAAACUACUUCCAUGCUCAUCACAGAACAGAUGUCACAUCAUAUGAAACAUUGCCACUUUAUGGAGCUGCGCAUGGAUAUGCAAGCACCAUGUCCAUGGUGCCGCGCCAGUAUGCAUUCCCUGCAAUCUCUGCUAUGCCACAGGAAAUAUCGAAGAAAGGGACGACUGGGCUCAGCUUUACAGAGCAUGCAUUACGCAGGAAGACGCCGAAUGGAACCAUUGCAGGAGGAUACGAUGCAACUCCAGUGGACAAAACGAUUCCUCUUCCUGCCACGAAGCACAUCUUGGUUUCCUUGCAGGAACCCGCCGGCAUCGUCUCUCCACGAUCAUGUUUGCCAGAAAGAAGCUGGCAGGACAGAGCUGUGAACGCCCCAACCUUCCUAGAUUCCCGUACAAACUCUGGGCUCACGGCGAAACAGGUCAGUCCGUUUGCACAAAUCAACCAAUAUCCCACCACUCCAUCGAUGACCAAUUAUGAAAGAUGGGAGUUUCCAGGCGGAUUAGACUCUGUCUUAAAUCAAACUCUACCAAUGCAGCCAAGCGGUCGCUUUUACUUGCAGCAUGGGUCGUCUAUCCCAACGGUACUCCCAACAAGCCUGCAAGCAUAUCCAGGGCCUACAGCCUCAGCAGGAAACGAGUUCUUUGGCCGAUAUUCGCCCAACGAAGCGUUUGUCCCAUUUCCCUACUGGCCAGCUCCAGUUCGUGACCACCGCUAUUUCCCAAAUGCUUCUGCCCAUGGUUGGGCUACCAACAAGCACGCACCGCAAAAUUGGAUGACAUUACAAACUCAUCCUCAACCAUCACAAGUGGAUUUUCUAGGGCCCGGAAUUCAAGCAAGUCAUUCCAGAGAUACCGGUGGCUUUGGCCAAACGCCUAGCGACUCUUUCCCACCUAGCUAUGGCAUGACGCAAUCAGGAAGACUGCCUCCCAGCAAGGAAGAUCAACAAGGAUGUGGAUUGCAAGAUCUUUCAGUGUAUAACACAUCCGGUCCAUUUUCGCCGUCGAACAAUCACCCAAACAGCCUACAGAAGCCUCUCUCAGACUUUAGUCCCUAUUCUGACCAUGCUGCCUUGCGGGAGAAAAUAUUUAAAUGGGCUCACGAUGUCUACGUCAAUCUACUCAGCUCAAUUCACAAACACCGGCAGUUUAAUACGGUGAAUGGAAAUGGCUCCGCUCGCCGCUCUUCGAAGCUAAACAUAUUCCCUAGGCCGCCACGGCAGCCUGGAUCUGAUUUCUCUACUGUGAGAAAGAAUGACGAGAACUCGUCGCAAAGACUUUUUCAAGCGUUGCCCACAAGUAUGUCGAACUCCCAAGCAACACCAGCUCUGAGACAGAGACCUCCUCCAUCCGGAAGUAUAUGCUCGCCGUCACAAAGGCUAUCACGUCAAUGGUCUGGAGAGGGCGGACCGAGGCCGAGCGCUGGUCGGAUGCAAUCAUUCUCUGAGUAUUACCAUGACAGAUAUGGUGGUUUGCCGAACAAGGUUCAGGGCAAUUUUCCCGGGACAUUGUCAAGAGAAAGUGCGGACCCUUCUCCUGAGCGGUUGGCCGCGCUGGCUGCCCUGGAUGUGCUGGUAGAAUCUUGUCAGAAGAGCAGCCGAAGCUGGAUCGAGGGAAUGCUCCUUGCAGGUUGCUUGGCAUAUGGCCUGGGUGAUUAUACACAAGCACUGAACUGGUAUCAGAACGUUCUAUCCCGAGAUUCGUCUCACGUGGAGGCCCUUUCAAACCUUGCAGCCACACUACUGGCUCUCAAUCGACGAGAGGAGGCUCUGCAGCAUUGGAAGCAGGCGGUGAAGCUUCGGCCGAGCUAUUUUGAAGCUGUGGAGCACCUCAUCGGUCUGCUGUGCGCCAACCAGCGAACGCUCGAAGCGGUCAAGAUCAUUGAGUUUGUGGAGCAAUCACUUAGAAUAAGCAAGCAGGGUGAAUACCUGCACGGACUCGAAACCGCCAGCGAAGGCGAGAGCGAGACAAAAAGCCGAUCUUCUAGCGACUACAAUCUGGAAGCAUGGGAUGCCGCGACGUUUGACUAUGACGAGAAUGAGAAGUCUCCAAUGUUCGACUUAUCUUCGCGCGAUGUCGAAAGCCCAGGAUUUGGUUCAAGUGGAUUCGCUAUACCGGGGUCGGAGAAUGGCCGAGUUUUGGCCUUGAUCCAUGCCAAGGGGAACAUGUUAUAUUCACUGAAUGACAAUAAAGGUGCUGCCGCUGCCUUCGAAGAUGCCAUCUUGAUUGGGUCUGGGAGGCGGCGAAACGGAAUCCGGGGUCUCAUUAGGGAAAUUCUGACCGCAUUUUCUGACGAUUCAAACGAUGGAUACCUGCAGAGUUCUCGAGAUCCGCCCAAGGAGCCCAUACUACUCUACCCAGAGAAAGCACUGCUAACAGCAAAAUUGAUAUUCGGGCCACAAGGUCGGCUGCCUGGCCUGGAACAUGUUCCCCAUGGUCCGAACAGUCAAAAUGAGAAGGCCGCUGUAUCGACCACCAGCAAUUCGCUGCUCUCUUUGGCUAAGAUCUAUCAAGAUGGUCUAUCGAAUGCAGGUGCAGCGAACGGACCUAAGACUGCUACCGGAGUUCGGGACAUACUUGCUUUGUACUAUCUAUCACUGUCGUUGCAGCCGAGCCCGUCGACUGCAAACAAUGUUGGUAUAUUGCUUGCGAGCGUUCAGCAAGUCGUCCCACACCGUCUUUCACCAAAAGCAGUGGCAAAUCAAGCGAUCAAUAUCCCAGGUGUGGUAGCAGGUAGUGGCGUUGCAUUGGCGCUAUCAUAUUAUAACUACGGGUUGAACCUCGACGCACAUCAUGCACACCUCUAUACCAAUCUGGGAAGUUUGCUCAAGGACAUUGGCCAGCUUCGAGCUGCCAUCAAGAUGUACGAGCAAGCGGUCAAGUGUGAUCCCAACUUCGACAUUGCCUUGGCCAAUCUUGCCAACGCCGUGAAAGACCAAGGCAUGGUCGCUGACGCCAUCGGCUACUACAAGCGAGCAGUUCACGCCAAUCCGGAAUUUGCAGAAGCCGUCUGUGGCCUUGCCACUGCUCUCAACUCUGUUUGCAACUGGACUGGGCGAGGUGGUGUAUACGCUGGCAACGGUGAUAGAGAUCGUUGGCACGUCGAUGAUAAGGGAGUCCUCCUGGAUCCGACGCUCACUCGCCAAGGUACGGGCUGGAUGAAUCGGGUGGUCGAGAUAGUUGAUAAGCAACUGAAGGACGGAGUUUCAUGGGGCCGGCACUGUCUCACUCCCGGCUUGAUCGAGCGAUUGUGCCAACAACUUACUCAUCUCGACCACGCUGCAGGGCAUCGCAACACCAUGCAGAAAAGAUCGACAAUCCUCAAAGCUCUCCGAGAAUGGUCAGGUCAAGAUUGGGAAGGCGCUCGCAUUGUUCGCUUGAUCGAGUCUGCGAUCCGCCGGAUUUGCUGGCAGUGGUAUCAAGAUCGAUACCAUGACGGCAAGAUCUACACGGAACAUCGCUAUGCUCGACCCGUGCUUCCGGCCUCGUUGACGAGUCCUAAUGCUCCGACUGUGUUGCCCUUCCACACCUUCACUGCUCCUCUUUCGGCGAAGCAGAUUCGACAGAUCUCUCAAAGAAAUGGGCUCCGCAUAUCUGUCAUGAGCAUGCGCUCAUCUUGGCCACCAACAGCUGUGUUACCUCCACCGGCACCUCCCCAUCCCCAUCUCAAAGUUGGCUACGUUUCGAGCGACUUCAAUAACCACCCUCUGGCUCACCUGAUGCAGUCAGUGUUCGGUCUUCACAACCCCCGACAUGUUCGCGCCUUCUGCUAUGCCACGACACCGUCCGAUAAUUCUGUGCAUCGUCAACAGAUCGAACGCGAGGCUCCGGUCUUCUACGACGCGUCAUCCUGGAAUGUUGAAAAGCUGGUGAAGAGAAUUACUGAGGAUGGCAUUCACAUCCUUGUCAACCUCAACGGCUACACCAGAGGAGCGCGGAACGAGGUCUUUGCCGCGCGGCCUGCUCCAGUUCAGAUGUCGUUCAUGGGCUUCGCAGGCACACUCGGCGCAGACUGGUGUGACUACAUCUUAGCAGACGAAAUCACGAUUCCGUCCAGUACUCUAUCUCCGUCCAGGCGAAACGUUACUCUGGAAGAUCGGCUGCGGGCUGAGUCGUUGGCCGAAGAUGAAGAAGACUGGGUGUAUUCAGAGAACAUCAUCUUUGCCAAGGACACAUUUUUCUGCUGCGACCAUCGCCAGAGUGCACCAGAUGCGAAGAACGGCCCACCACCUCGAGAUGCCCGCAGCAGGCAACGAGCAUGGGAAGAUGAGCAAGCACGGCGAUGGAAAUUGAGGAAAGAGCUCUUUCCCGCUCUCAGCGACGAUGCGAUCAUCCUCGGCAAUUUCAACCAGCUGUACAAGAUCGACCCCUCAACCUUCCGUCUCUACCUCCGCAUCCUCAAUGGCCUCCCCAACGCUAUCCUUUGGCUCCUCCGCUUUCCAGACCUGGGCGAACAGCAUCUCCUUGCCUUCGCGCGCCGGUGGGCUCCUCUCCACGUUGCAUCCCGUAUCGUUUUCACCGAUGUUGCUCCCAAGGGCACCCAUAUCACGCGCGCCAGCGUUGUAGACCUGUUCCUAGACACUCCCGAAUGCAACGCGCAUACCACGGCGGCGGAUGUAGUGUGGAGUGGAACACCCGUGCUAACGUGGGGGAAGUGGGCCUACAAGAUGUGUUCAAGGAUGGCAGGAAGUAUUGUUAGUAGCGCGCUACCUGUUGGGCCGGAGGGGGAUCGCGCCAGAGGGGAGCUGCUAGUGAAGAGUGAGAUGGAGUAUGAGCAGAGGGCGGUGGAGAUGGGCCGAGGGUUACGAUACUUUAAGGAUACCCAACACGAGGGCGAUGACCGGCGGGGGAGAGGUGAGGGCCGGUUGAUGGACCUGAGACGCAUGCUAUGGGAGGGGAGAUGGGAGAGUCGGUUGUUUGACACGAAGAGGUGGGUCCGCGAUGUAGAGAGAGCUUAUCAGCUUGCUUGGUCCCGCUGGGAGAGGGGCGAAGGCGGUGAUAUCUGGUUGGAUUGA